CUCGUCGCGCUCACCUCCAGCCCCAUUCGAAUCCCCGUUUAGUAAGUUGCUUUUUCACUGGAGGAUCAAUCCCAGUUCAAACGCACCGCAAUUCCCUCGCUCGGUGGGUUUUGAAUCGUCUUCGUCGUCGUCGUCGUCAUCGUCUUCUUCUUCUCCUUCAACUCCGUCUCAGUCGCGGCCUUCGAAGCCUAGUCAAUGUUCCCAUCCUGUGUGCCUGCCUACAAGGCCCUGCUGACGCACGCCCGCUGUCUAUUCGCAAUCACAUCCCUCUCGCGCGCGCUUAGAAUUUCAAGUCCUAGCCCCAACUCGGGAGAUGUGCAUUCGUGUUAAUGUCAUUCUGACUUUCGCGACGAUCCCCAUUGCGAGCUCCCUUCUCACUUUUGGCGAGGACGGCGAUAAGAGCCACCACGGUGGCGAGGGGUAGGGCCUGCGAGCAGUGGAAUAGUGGGUUGUUGAUCAAUUAAUGCAGCACACCGCGUGCGUCAACGAUGAGGAAUUCGUUCGGGGUACGGGUGCAGGGGUGUGUUAGUGGAGAGGUUGCCAUGGCCCUAGCCGGUGUAAGAGUUGGCUUUCUAUGAUUGAUCGAUCGGAGUGUGUUGGUUUGUAGUGGGGCUUCGAGAUUUCGCAGGCUGAGUACCGUGAGGUGGUGCUCGAAGGGGUGCUGGAGACAGGUAUUGGUUAAUGGGUCGUACUUGCAUUGGUGGCUGGCGCCAGAAGCUCAGGAUCUUAGAGUGGGGCGGGUGCUGUACCCAUGCUGGCUGGUCUGUGCUUUUGUGUGUACUUCCAUUAGGGGUGAAGAAAUGGCAGCUUGACGAGUAAGUGCGAUUUUACAACAUUAACGUGCACAGGCCCGUUAUCCGAAUGAUAUCGAAGUAAGUACCGAAUGAUUCUUGGUAUACAGUGCAGCCACAGGUCAUCACUGUUUCGCUGUAUGGGGAUUGAGAACACUGAUUGCUCGAAGCUUGUUGGGCAGUUCCUACUCUUGCAUCAGCAAUCUUUCGAUGAGAAGUUCCGGUUAUCUAUCAGAAAGUAAGGCUCCGCGCGAUCAAACGCAAGAAAGGGACGCUUGCGGAAGGCAAGCAAGAGAGACGUUGAAGUUACCCGUGUUUUCAAAUUAGUUUAGGCGUUGGAAGUGCAUUCUCGUCGCCAUUAUUUCGUUGUUUAGUGCUUAGCAGCCAUUAUUGUGUAGCGAGUGAAUGAUGAGCUGCGUUGUGAUUCCACACUGAAGCUUGUGUACAUGGGAUCGACAAGACACUUGAUGGGAUCACGAUCGCUCUGAUUGCAGCAAUAUAAUUCAGGAGUGUUCCCUCCAUGUGAGAAUCUAAACAGAAGGUUGUCGACGGCCCAGAAGCUCAUAUAUCUCGACUUAUAUUUAUUUCACUUAUUUUUUGGACUGUCGUUAGGUCCAUGGUUCAGACAGGGUAUUCAAUAGAAAGCUUCGAUCGGGCUUGACGUUGCGCAGCGAGAGAGAGAGAGAGAGAGAGAGAGAGAGAGAGAGAUCGCCGAUUGCGAUUUAAAUUCCAACGAGCUGACUGACUUUCUAAAAUGGCUAUCAUGACACGGCACGCAGUCGAGGCCUUCCCAUCUGUUGAUGCCCUUUGUGUGGGCGCACGGUGCUCCCAUGUUCGAAGCAAUCGGUCAUUCCUCGAUGUCGACAGCCCCCGGUACCGACCACAAAGCCAUGGUUCAAGCCCCGUCAAGAAGAAAGCUAGCGCUCGUACGAGCUCCUUUGAAAAAAAGGGCCAGACCUGGGUUGCAGCCAAAAUGUUGCAGAGCGACCUUCUGGUGGAGGUCGCCGACAUGAGCUUCCAUCUACACAAGUUUCCACUAUUGUCCAGAAGUGGCCGACUGAACCACCUGGUGUUCGAAUCACGUGACACUGAGAAAGAUCAAAUCAAGUUAGACAAUAUGCCAGGGGGUCCGGCGGCGUUCGAGCUGGCAGUGAAGUUCUGCUAUGGGAUUCCUAUCGUGAUCACUAGUGUCAAUGUAGUUGCUCUUCGUUGUGCUGCUGAGUAUCUAGAAAUGACCGAGGACCUGGAAGUGGAUAAUCUCGUCUCAAAGACCGAGGAUUUUUUAAACUCCGAAGUUCUUACCUCUUGGACAGAUUCUAUCACAGUGUUGAGAGCAUGUGAGAAAUUAUCACCCUGGGCGGAAAAGUUACAAAUUGUCAAGAAGUGUAGCGAGUCCAUUGCGUGGAAGGCUUGUACUGACCCGCGCGGAAUCAGAUGGUCUUACUCCAGUGCUGGUGAAUCACCCAACCUUUCUCCAAGAUUGAAUGGAUCAGCAAAGAGUAGUACUUCAUCGAGAGGCAUUCCUCAAGACUGGUGGUUUGCGGACGUUGCCGAACUCAAUUUGAAGAGCUUCAAGGUGGUCAUGAAUGCAAUCAAAGCGAAGGGAAUGAGACAUGACGUGAUGGGAUCAGCUGUUGUCUACUAUGCUUAUAGAUGGCUGCCAGGUCUGACUGCUUUAGAUAACCCGGUGUCGCCUCUGUUGAGAGAAAGCUCGCCCACGACGGAUAAAAAGAAGAACAAGGUCUCCUUCACAUACAAGAGGGAAAGUGGACAUGGUGAAAGUCAAGGCUCAAGUCUCACGAACGAUGUAAAUGGAGAUGUGGCAUCUCAAGUUUUGGAGAGAGAGUUUCUAGAAGGAAUAGUAGAAGUCUUACCUCCCCAGAAAGAUUCGGUGCCAGUAAGUUGUUUGCUGAGGUUGCUGCGACUCUCUAUCUUGCUGGAUGUGAGUCUUGGCUGUAGGAAAGAGCUCGAGGCAAGGUCUGGAGCGCAGCUGGAUCAAGCUACUCUCAGCGACCUCUUAAUUCCAUCUUGUGCUUACCGAAGUGACACGGUGUACGAUGUUGGAGCUGUUCAUCGGUGCUUGGACCACUUCUUAGUCCAGGACCAUAUUCAAACAAUCUCCCAGAAGGAAGUCCCCACAAGCUCGGGUAGAGACAAGAAUGGCGACGUCUGCGAUUGCUCCCAUCUGAGACCAGUUGUCGGUCCCCAUGCUGCGAAGAUGAAAGUGGCCAAGCUCAUAGACAGCUACCUCGCAGAAAUCGCGCGGGAUGGCAAUCUGACGUUCUCAAAGUUUCAAGCACUUGCUGAGGCACUACCAGACUUUUCACGAACUACGGAUGAUGGCUUGUACCGCGCAAUUGACACAUUCCUCAAGGAGCAUCCAAGUUUAAGCGAACAUGAGCGGAAAAAGCUUUGUCGUAUGAUGGACUGUCAACGGCUUUCUCUAGAAGCGUGCAUGCAUGCGGCACAAAAUGAGCGCCUCCCUCUCAGAAUAGUUGUCCAAGUACUAUUCAGUGAGCAAUUAAAAUUACGAAACGCAAUCUCCAGUACCACUCCAGCACGUCCAGAGCGAAUCCCAGAAUCUCCUCUGCACCAAGGAUCGGCCUCUGGCUCUGCCCCCCCCGUAGUCAGACCCAUUAUUCCCAUUCGAGACGCAACUAACUCCCAGAUGAAUAUUAGAGCUCUUCAACAUGAUGUCAUGUUUAUGAAGGCAAAGUUUGCAGAGCUUCAGAGGGAUUACACGCAAGUAACUCAACAGGUGGAAAAGCUAACUAAACAAAAAGGCUCAUGGGUGAAGCGUCUGUUUCAUUCAAAGGACCAUGCAGAGACGACGCCUUCGCCGUGGCACCCACGAUGGAGUCGGGCGUGGAGAAAUUCCAUCUCCUAGUUUCUAAUUCGUAAUUCGUGGCAACGGAUGCUUUGUAUAAUUCGCUUGUUCAGUAUCCGGUGCUGCUUCCAACGCCACGAAGGAGGAUGAAGGUGGUUUCGGAGAACUUUUAAAGAAAGGGAACAGUGAAUGAGGCCGACCGCUGACGCACUGGACCAACAUGUCGGAGUUGAGGUGCCGUGGGCGCAGGCUGCAUGGAAGAGGGAAGAGGACGGUAGAGACGGUAGAAGCAGCGAGCCCUCGGCAUGAAGGACCAACAUGGGAGCUGCGGAGUUUCUGGCCCAGCAGAACAGAGGGAUUUGCGGUAGGGGAGGAGGGGGGACAAUCUGAAUGAACAAUCUGUACAUUAUUUGACUAUUUUGUAUAAAUGGCGAAGGGUUGCAAGCAACUGGGAAAUUGGCGCCAGGUCUAGCGCGCCUGGUUGACAGCUC